AUGACAUUUCCUAUAUUACCUAUAAUCUCGUCUCCUUCGAACAGAGAGGCUAUAGCAGAAUUUUCCGUAGUAGGGCAAAUUUUGCUUCCUUUCGAAUCAGUUUCUAUUUCCAAACAUUUCCUCCACCAAUUCCCAAAUCACGUUGAGGUUAACGUUGACACCACAUCAGCAAAAGUUGAGGUUGAUCAAAUUGUUGAAUUAUUAAAUGGCGGUAUUAAGCAGGUGUUUAUUAAGGAAUCUCAAGUUGAUGAAUUCAUUUUGUCGGGUGGAUUACCUAGUUCCAGAUUCGCUGUGAAAUUUGACUCUUCAGAAGUUUCCGAUAAGGUAUUAGAAACAGACAGUGCCUUUGUAUUCAAUUGUGAGCUUACAAAGGAUGAAAUCAAAAAGUAUGGCCAGAAUGGUAAUAGAGGACUCUACUAUGAAAACACUUCUAUCGCUCAGGAAUUGGCGAAUAAGUUGGCUUCAGAAGAUAUUUAUCCUAUAAUUUCGAGUGAAUCUUUAACUAGUGCAUCUUCAGAGUGUGGGAAGAUUUCAAUUUCUUCAUUGUUUACUGCUGGCUUAACCACAGAUCGCCCUGAUGGUCUUUUCACUACUUUGAUCACUACUCCUGCACCAUCCUACACUGCGUUGGGUGUUGUCUAUUCGUCAGUUGAAUCUAUUCAUGCCUCAAUUGCUGAAAAGCAAGGUGUUUAUCAAUCCAGAAAACGUCGUGACGAAUUAUGGUAUAAAGGCAAGACUAGUGGUGCAACUCAAAAGUUAGUCAAAUUGGAAAAGGAUUGUGACUCAGAUGUUGUCAAAUUUAUUGUUGAGCCAAGGGAGGGUUAUGGAUUCUGCCACUUAGAUAAGAAUUUUACAUGUUUCCAUGAUGGGGAAUUAACACAAAAGGGUGAAAGCUUUGGUAAGGGAUUAGCAAAAUUGGAUAGUACAUUACAAGAUAGAUUUCAGUCUGCACCUGAAGGUUCUUACACCAAAAGAUUAUUUAAUGAUGAGCCAUUAUUAAUCGCCAAGUUAAAAGAAGAGUUGGAUGAGCUAAUAGAAGCUGGACAAAGUUCACCAAAGGAUUCUAAUGAAGUUGCAUGGGAGUGCGCCGAUUUAUUUUAUUUCGCAAUGGUUUGGUGUAUUAAAAAUGGUGUUAGAUUGGCGGAUGUGGAAAGAAAUCUUGAUAUAAAAAGCAGUAAAGUUACCAGACGUAAGGGUGAUGCUAAGCCAGCAUACCUAAAGAAUGAUAACGAGAAGACUGAACAAAAGAAGGAAGAAUAUAAGAUGGAAACCAUAUAUGUAAAUGAUAAAUCGACUGAUCCUAAAGACAUUUCUAAGGCUUUAAAUAGACCUGUUCAAAAGACUGCAGAUAUUAUGAAGUUAGUCUUGCCAAUAAUUGAGAAAGUUAAAAAGGAGGGUGACAAAGCAUUAUUAGAACUUACAUCUAAGUUCGAUGGUGUUAAAUUGGAAACACCAAUUCUUCGUGCACCUUUCCCAGCUGAAUUAAUGAAUAUUUCUGAAGACAUGAAAGAAGCCAUAGAUUUGUCAAUGUCAAAUAUUGAAAAAUUCCAUGCUGCACAAUUACCAAAAGAAAAAAUCAUGACGGUGGAAACAGCUCCUGGGGUUUACUGCUCACGUUUUGCCAAGGCAAUUGAAAAUGUUGGAUUAUAUGUACCAGGUGGUACUGCUGUUUUACCUUCUACUGCUAUGAUGUUAGGUGUACCAGCAAAGGUUGCAGGCUGCUCGAACAUUAUUCUCGCUUCUCCACCAUCCCGUUCUACCGGCAAAUUAACACCUGAAGUUGUAUAUGUUGCGCAUAAGUUAGGUGCUAAGUGUAUUGUUAUGGCAGGUGGUGCUCAAGCUGUAACUGCAAUGGCUUACGGUACUGAAAGCGUGCUUAAGUGUGAUAAGAUUUUGGGUCCAGGUAAUCAAUUCGUGACUGCUGCAAAAAUGUAUGUCCAAAACGAUACACAAGCAUUGUGUUCGAUUGAUAUGCCUGCUGGACCAUCUGAGGUUCUAGUUAUUGCUGAUGGUAAAGCAGAUGCUGAUUUCGUUGCAAGUGACUUAUUAUCGCAAGCAGAGCAUGGUGUUGACUCUCAAGUUAUUUUAAUCGGUGUUGACUUAACUAAGGAAAAGUUGAGCGAAUUUGAAUCUGCCGUAAAGAAACAAGCUGAGGUUUUACCAAGAAAAGAUAUUGUUGCCAAAUGCUUAUCACACUCAUACACCUUAUUAGUGGAUACUUAUGAUGAAGCAUUUAAGUUAUCGAAUAAAUAUGCCCCUGAGCACUUAAUUUUGCAAGUGGAAAAUGCUAGAUCAUUCGUUCCUGAUUAUAUUGAAAACGCUGGGUCAGUAUUUGUUGGUGGUUUAUCUCCAGAAUCUUGUGGUGAUUAUUCUAGUGGUACUAAUCACACAUUACCUACAUAUGGUUAUGCAAGGCAAUAUUCUGGGGUAAAUACUGCAACCUUCCAAAAGUUCAUUACCUCCCAAGAUGUUACUGAAGAAGGGUUAAAGAGUAUCGGUAAAGCUGUCAUGACUUUAGCCGAAGUUGAAGGUUUAGAAGCCCAUAGAAAUGCUGUUCAUGUGAGAAUGGAAAAAUUAGGUUUAUUAUAA